CUCAAAUUCAUUUUGACAGAAUCUUUCAAAAUUAAUGAAAUGCUAAGCACGAAAACUACAUAAACAGAUUUAAAGUAUAGUUAAAAAAAAAAGGUGUAAAAGUCGAAAAUGCUGCUACUGGGUGAAUUAUAUGCAGCAAAACUAAGUCCCAAUUUGGAGACAAUCUCUAGACUGCUGAAAAGUCCUCUUGGUCAGGCGGUAAUAUCCUUUUUGCUGGGCUACUUAGCCACAACAAAGUUGUCGCAAAUUUAUGGCAAGUUCAAGAGAGAUUCCGAAAUAUACGUAGCAUCGAAGGAAGUUAAGGAUUCAGAGCCCAUAGAUGACAUUGAGCUUUUGCCCAAGGGAAAUGAGGUGGUGCUGCUCACCUCAAUGGAACUAACUGCCUUCGAUGGCUUGAACCCAGAUCUGCCUAUUUAUACCGCCUUGAAUGGCCUGAUCUAUGACCUGAGUCCGGGUCGGGAAAAGUUUAGCUGCCAUGGUCCCUACUUUUUCCUAGCCGGUUGCAAUGCCAAUAAGGUCCUCAAUAUUGCCUGCCGUUCCAUGGGCGUCUGCGCCAAUGAUGUAAUCAAUCGUUGGGAACGAAGCCUCAAGGCCGAGUUUGAUAUCGUGGGAUAUCUGAUUGAUGGGGACGUGGAGAACUCCAGUGAGGAUCUUGAAAUCGAUCAAGAGUCGGAAAAUGUUUGCCAAACGGAGCAAAACAACUGAGUUGAAUGUGCUUUGAAUGUACCUUUCUUUUAGUUUGGCAAUAAAAUUAUAUUUCGUUCUUUAA